AUGGUAUGCAAACCAUUGUUUGAAUUUCAAUUUCUCAUGCUAUUGAUUUUGAUUUUGGGGUUGGGUUGGAUUUGUUGGGGUGGUGGUGGUGGUGGUGGGGGUGGUGGUGGUGUCGGGGCGAUGUGUGGUGGAAUCCAUGAUCUUGAUUUUGAUGUUGGGGAGGGAUUGGGGGUGUGGGGGUUGUUAUAUGAAAUGAUGGGGAGGUAUAAUGUGGUUUCGUGGAGUCUGACUUUAAUGGUUGCAGUACUGUGUAUGGAGCUUUAUGGUUAUGUAGCUGUUGAAGCUAUUGGAGAUGGAGGGCUUAUGCUUUUCAAAAGCUACAAUAUGGAAAAUAUGCACAAAAGGAAGUAUGAUCAAAAAGGUGCUGAUGUGGGGUUAACUGUUGGUUUUGGGAAAGGCAAGGGUGGUGGUGGAGGAUAUGGAUCAGGUUCUGGUGGAGAAGGGGGAGGAUUUGGUGGUGGGUUUGGAGGAGGUACUGGUGGCAGUGGAUAUGGCCCUGGGGGUGGGAGUGGUGGUGGUUUUGGUGGUGGAGGUGGAGGAGGAAACGGUGGUAGUGGAUAUGGUUCUGGAGGUGGUAGUGGUGGUGGUUUUGGGGGUGGAGGUGGAGGAGGUAACGGUGGUAGUGGAUAUGGUUCUGGAGGUGGUAGUGGUGGUGGUUUUGGGGGUGGCAGUGGCAGUGGAGGAGGCAAUGGUUAUGGUUUUGGGGGUGGUAUUGGUGGUGGUUCUGGGGGUGGCAGUGGUGGAGGCAAUGGAUAUGGUUCUGGGAGUGGUGGUGGUUUUGGGGGUGGCGUUGGUGGAGGCAAUGGCGGUAAUGGAUAUGGUUCUGGAGGUGGAACUGGAAGUGGUAGUGGUGGUGGUGGAUGGAGUAAUGGUGGUAGUGGUAUUGGUUCUGGUUCGGGACCUAAUGGUGGCGGAAGUGGCUCUGGCUCUGGCUCUGGCUCUGGCUCUGGCUCUAAUGGUGGAAGUAGAGGAUAA